ACACAAGCGGUCUGAAUGGAAAUGGAGGGUCGGGCACAGAAAGAAAACAGAAGCAAAGAGGACUUGAUCAGUGAGACUAAACGGGGCAUCGGCUGCUGUGGGUGGAUCCUCGUUACUCUCUCUGCUUUUUUCACAAUACUGUUCUUCCCAAUCACUAUUUUUAUUGGCAUCAAGAUUGUUAAAGAGUAUGAACGUGCUGUUAUAUUCAGACUGGGCAGGAUCACAGCCAAAAGGGCAAAGGGACCAGGUAUCUUCUUCAUCAUUCCCUGCACAGACUCCUUUAUUAAGGUGGACAUGAGAACAGUCUCGUUUGACAUCCCUCCACAAGAGAUCUUGACAAAGGACUCAGUGACAGUAAGUGUGGAUGGAGUGGUGUACUUCCGGGUCAGUGAUCCCAUUGCCUCUGUGGCGAAUGUGUCCAGUGCUGAUUACUCCACGCGCCUGCUGGCUCAGACCACCCUCAGAAAUGUCCUGGGAACCAAGAACCUGUCGGAAGUUUUGUCUGACCGUGAGGGAAUUUCUCACAGCAUGCAGAUGACUCUGGAUGAGGCUACAGACGCAUGGGGUAUUAAGGUGGAGCGUGUGGAGAUUAAGGAUGUCAAGCUGCCCCAUCAGCUCCAGAGGGCCAUGGCGGCUGAAGCCGAGGCAGCCCGUGAGGCCAGAGCUAAGGUGAUAGCUGCUGAGGGAGAAAUGAACGCGUCACGGGCACUGAAGGAAGCUUCCAUAGUGAUCGCUGAGUCUCCCUCUGCUCUGCAGCUACGCUACCUGCAGACCCUCAACAGCAUUGCCGCUGAAAAGAACUCCACCAUCAUCUUCCCCCUGCCCUUGGAUGUUCUGGGCCACUUCAUGAAAAAGUAAAACCGGAUAUCAGGAGGCUAACCUUCCUUUUUAUCCAUGGACUGUCUGUCGUAAAUGCAACUGUUUACGAGAGGACUAUGUAUUACCUUAGAACAGUGGUGGCAAAAUAUUUAACAACUAAAUAUUCAUUAUGUGAGUGUUUGAACUUCAGUAAAACACACAAAUGCAUUCCAUAUAAGGGUAACAGUAUACUGGUCCUUGUCAGAAUAUAUUAGUUCUAGAGUUAAUUAUAUGUUAAUUGUAUGGUUAAUUGUACUCCACUAUAAUCAUUUUAGCAGUGGAAUUUAUUACAUUUUUUAAUCUCUGUAAAAAAAUGUAUUCUUUUCUAUAAUAUUUCAAAACCCUGUGUAACUCAAUAUCUUGAAAAAUGUUAAAGAUUUUCUGAACAUUCAUUGUGCCUUAAUAAAAUGGAGUCCAGAAAUGAA